AGUUCAAUUUCCGGUUGACACAGACCCUGGCGGAGCGCUGUUGUGUAGCGCGAGGAGGAGGGCUGCCAUUUUGAUCUCAACGGUUUGGGAGAGAAGCGCCGAGGGGAGCUCCACUCACACAAACACACACACACCCAACAGAGGACGCUCUAAGCGGGAAGGAGGACGGAUUCAGCGAGAAGGAGGACGGUUUCAUCGGGAAGGAGGACGGUUUCAGCGGAAAGAUGCUGUCCGCUGCGCAGCUGCUCGACGAGUUGAUGGGCCGCGACCGGAACCUGGCGCCCGACGAGAAGCGCUGCAACGUCCGCUGGGACCACGAGACCGUGUGUCGGUACUACCUCUGUGGCUUCUGUCCAGCGGAGCUCUUCACCAACACACGGUCAGACCUGGGACCUUGUGAGAAAAUCCACGAUGAAAAUUUACGGAAAACGUACGAGAAGAGCUCCCGCUUCAUGAAGGAGGGGUACGAGCGAGACUUCCUGCGCUACCUGCAGUCCCUGCUGGCGGAGGUGGAGCGGCGGAUCCGGAGGGGCCACGCGCGGCUGGCCCUGUCCCAGGCCCAGCAGAACGCAGGGGGUCCUGGUCCUGCUGGGAAGAACGACGAGAAGUCGACGGUCCUGACGGAGAAAAUUGAGGACCUUGUUCUUCAGAUCGAGGAGCUGGGCUCGGAGGGCCGGGUGGAGGAGGCGCAGGGCAUGAUGAAGCUGGUGGAGCAGCUGAAGGAGGAGCGAGAGAUGAUCAGCGCCAACCCCUCGACCAUCGAGAGCUUCGCUGCUCAGGAGAAGCAGAUGGAGGUGUGCGAGGUGUGCGGUGCCUUCCUCAUCGUGGGCGACGCACAGUCCAGGGUGGACGACCAUCUGAUGGGAAAGCAGCACAUGGGCUACGCUAAGAUCAAGACCACCGUGGAAGAACUCAAGGAGAAGCUCCGGCGCCGCUCGGAGGAGCCUGCCGGAGACGCCUCGCCCGUCAAGAAGGACCGCGAGGCAUGGGAGCGGGAGAGGGAGGAGCGGGAGAAGAGGAGGAAGGAGGAGGAGGAGAAGGAAAAGGAAAAGGAGAAAGAGCGCGAGAGGGAGAAGGAGCGGGAGCGCGAAAAGGAGAAAGAGAAGGAGCGCGAGAGAGACCGGGAGCGCGAGAGGGAGCGGGAGCGCGAGAGACGAGUGAGGCGCAGCGCCUCCAACAGCCGCCACUCCAGUCGUGCCUCGGACCGCAAGCGCAGCCGAUCCCGGGAGAGGAGACGGUCCCGCAGCAGGGACCGCGAUCGCAGACGGAGCAGCCGGGACAAGGAACGCCGCCGCAGCAGCCGUGACCGCCCCGAAAAGAAAAGGCGCUCCCGCAGCCGUGAGAGGAAGAGAUCCCGCAGCCCCGAGCGCAAGUCCCACCGCCACCGCAGCCGUAGCCGAGACAAGGAGAGGGAGAAGGAGAGGGAGAGGGACAGGGACAAGGAGCGCGACAAGGACAAGGAGCGCGACAAGGACAGGGACAAGGGACGGGAGAAGGACAAGGGGCGCUCGUCCAGAGACAAAGGUGCGCUUCACGACCGUAAGGACACGGAGGAGAAGAGGAGCAGCAGUGGCUCGGUGAAAGACAAGCCGUCUGAUGGCAACGGCACGGCGGCCCCCCAGGCCUCCUCCGACGCAGAGCCCAUGGAGAGCGAGCCCGCACCCCCCGCCUCCUCUCCCAAGCUAAACGGCCAGCAAGAGCUCCUCCAUUCUGAAGGUGACACUCAGUCCAAUUAAAACUGAUCUGAUAGGACCUCAGAUCAGACUCAGGUAAGUGCGCCUCUCUCCCUGGCACUCAAUCCCCCCUUCCCUCAACCCCCUCUUCCUGUCCAGCCCCAUCUCCCCUCUCACCCCCCCCUCAAACCCAUCUCAUCCUACACUUCUCCCACCCCUUCCCCCCUCACCUCUCCCCCAAAUCGUUGAUUGUUAAUGCCUAAUGCCUCUAUGGUUUUUGUCUCAUGUACUGUAUGCCUUUAUCUAUACAUAUCUCUACCCUGUGCAUCAUAAGUGUGAGCUGAAGAUGAAGGACUAGGCCUGAUGAAUGGGAAGUAGAAAGGUCACACAAAGCCAGGAGGGAAAGGCCAGAGUAGUCCUGAUCAGACAAACCCUGAGGUACCCCAUACCACGGGCUCUGUCCAGCACAGAGCCCGUUAGAGCUGUUAUCCUACUGGUCUGUCCAGCCAUGUUGUUUGUUCUCCUGUAUUCACCCUUUUGAUUUCCUGCUUUAUCUCUCGUAUGGUUAGAGUUCAUUAAAGUAUCCAUGGCGUGUGUCUGUCUAGAAGCACACUGGCUGAAAGGGCAUCAUGUUUUAAGUAAAGAAGCUAAAUUUGAUUUAGAAAUUUGAUAUAAACUCAUAUUACCGAUAAUGUCGGUUACUGCUCAUCCCAUCAACCAGUCAUGGAUUAUAAUAAUGCUAUCAGUGUGUUUUCUUUGGGGGGGGGGGCGAUGGUGUUUUGAGCGGACUCUGGGUGUUUUGGGGGGCUGGUGGGGGCGUGUGUUAACGUGACUCACUAACUGAAGGGUAGGGUUUAUGGAAUGACUUGCAGCUGACUUCCAUACCUCACACAGCGAUGGUGUUGUGAGCGAGACCCACAUGAGAAAAAGGCAAAUUAAAAAUCAUGGAUACUCUGACUCUCAAACUGUGCAGGUACUCACCCCAGGUACUCCUUUCUCUACCACAUUCAUUUCUGAAUGCUGUUGCCUGUCAAAUAAAACCCAAAAGAAACUCAGUUCAGAGAUGUAACCUGAAGGUUGAUGUGUCAUUUUAAAGGUGUUUUAAUGUACUCUCACCACCCAAUGUAUUGCUGAUAUAGUUUGAGUAAGGUCUUUGGAAAAUGCGUCAUUCACUGUUUACUCUUUACAUCUUAUUUACUCAACGUGCACUGUCUCUCCAGCCUUUACCUCAUAGCCUUUCUGUUUAAGCUGUUUUAUGCAACUAUCUAGUAUCGCAUGUAAUUAAUCGCAGCUGAUGAAGCCCAGUAGUGAUAUUGAAACGGCGUUCCCAGAUUAAACCCUAUCGCACUAGGAAUGUGUGGAGGAGCUCCUGCUCCCAGUUCAUAUCGUGCACCUUAUUGUUGUGUUGUGACGCCAACGUUAGGAGAAGGUGUUGACAUGAGGAGGCGGUGGAUUGGACCUUGUGGAGGGUCCAUGCUAACAUUUCUGUUUGUGGAUUCUUUUCUGACAUGGCAGGAGAAGCCGGGACUUCGUAGAGGAAGAUCUGGAAGAGCCCCGCCUUCAGUGAAUCUGACGCUGCUUAAAAAUAAGGUGAACCACAGAUUAGUGGCUUAUUUAAAACGGAGAACUAGGAACGGAAUUGUUUUUAAUUGUGAAGUGUGGAGAGGAAAAGGUUCCUGUGUUUUUCUUCAUUGUUUUCCUGGAGAUCUUUUUGUUUGGUGGGAGUGGUUAAACGGUUCAUAUGCAAAGUGUUUACUCACUUAACCAAAAUGCAGAUUUUGAAAAUCCCACUAUUGCUUUUUCGGACUUUCUCUACCGUUCUUAUGUGUUGGCAUUUAGCACAGUUCUUUUCACCGCUAGAAGUGUGUCUUGGCCGGGGGUCUGUCCUCCACCUCGCUCGUUUGUGUUCCUCAUCCACCUGAUUGAAGCGUAUGUACAAUGCUAGACUGUUGUUAGGUCCUGUCUGUUCCCUUACAAAUGAGGGACUUGGGUCACCUUGUAAACAAAAAAGAAAAUGCAUUUUGAUCAAAACAUUUCAACGACCGAAAGUUUUGUUGAUUUUAAUGCUUGUAUGUCUUGAUGAAUAAAAAGAGCUAAGGUUUU